CUCUCGCCCCUCCUCUACCUGCCGCGCGGGGGCUGCGGCUAAGUGGUCCCGGGCCUGCCUGCGGCUGCGAGGCCCGGGGAAGCUCCGGCUCCACCUCACUGCACCUCUGGGGAGCCCGGGGCCCCGGACAGCGGCGGAGCUCGGGCUAGACGCACGUCUCCAAACCCCAGCCCGGGGUUUUGGCCGCCGUCUCCUGCUGGUUGUCCCGCGUCUGCGUGAUAGAUUGAGACCGCCGAGCAUUGGUGGCCAUACAACAUCCGGGCCAUAGCAGCCUUUUGCCUGCGCGGGGCUCGCAGAAUACGCGGCUGCGCAGAGCCCUCCGGCGAGGCUGCUUUGCGGCGGCGCGGGUCCCCUUUGCCCUAGUGACGCGUCAUCGGUUGCCAUGGAGACUGCGUUGUUUUCUGUUCCGGGAGAGCCGUGCGCUUUGGCAGCGGUGAGGAGGCUCCCAUCCUGAGCCUCAGUUGAAGUUCUUUGCAGCGCUGAGGACUUUGGAAACAUCAAAUGGCCAAACUACUGCAACCUCCCCCUAAGUUCCUGCCCUCAGAGUGGCACAUCGCUAACAAGAACCAGUACCACAGUGCGGAGUCCCAAAGGUCCCGAUCUGAACGCCUGGUGGCUGAGAGCCAGAGGCUUGUGGAUGAAAUUGAAAAGACCACAAGGAAAUCUCAAAGUGAUGUGAACAAGAAACUAGAACAGAGACUUGAGGAAAUCAGGUUCUGGAAGAAGGAGUUAGAUGACAAACUUGAGCAGCUUGUGUAUGAAACUGAGGAUCUAGUGACAUUUAGGACCAGAUUGGAAAAAGCCCUGGAGAGCUUAAAAGAGCCUUUGCACAUCUCUCAGAUGUGCCUGGCAUACAGGGAGAAGCGAGUCGGGGUGGACUUGGUGCAUGACGAAACGGAUCAGGAGCUGGUGAAGGAGAUGGAGAUCAUUCGCGGGGUGACGGCCUUGCUCACCCGCACCUUGGAGGAGGUAUCUGAGCAGAUCAGGCUGAACCGCUCUGCCAAGUAUAACCUCGAAAAGGACUUGAAGGACAAGUUUGUGGCCCUGACCAUUGACGAUAUCUGCUUCUCACUGAACAACAACUCGCCAAACAUCAGAUAUUCUGAGAAUGUCGUGAGGGUUGAACCAAACUCCGUGAGUCUAGAAGACUGGCUGGACUUCUCCAACACCAACGUGGAGAAGGCUGACAAGCAGCGGAACAACUCCCUGACCCUGAAGGCCCUGGUGGACCAAGUCCUGUCCCAGACGGCCAGCGACCUGCGCACGCAAUGUGACGUGGUAAACACGGCGUUCAUGAGGGGACUGAAGGAGACCAAGGAUGCCAGGGACAAGCUGGCUGAUCAUCUGGCCAAGGUCAUGGAAGAGAUUGCUUCACAGGAGAAAAACAUCACCACUCUUCAAAAAGCCAUCCUUGACCAAGAAGGGCCAGCCAAGGUGGCUCACACCCGCCUUGAGACCAGGACACACCGGCCUAAUGUGGAGCUGUGUCGGGACGUGGCUCAGUAUAGGCUGAUCAAGGAGGUUCAAGAGAUCACCCACAAUGUUUCAAGAAAACAAACAGUGGAUGUCAGUAGGCAGAGAUGGAUGGCGAAAACCAUUUUGGGGCAGGGGAAACCGGAGGAGCAAAGCUGCCAGCCUCACUCCUUGGGGGCCUCUAUUUGUCUCUCCCUGGUCCUGACUACCCUGAACCAAUUUUGCAGCUGUAGGACUGCAGAGAAAAACAACUCUGGACUGCAGGGGGAAGAAAGGCAAAAAGACAACUUCAGACGCUAAUUAUUCUAAACAUCAGUCUUGCCUGGACCUCCCCUGCCCCUUUCCCUCUCACCUCACCCCAGCCUUUGGGCUACCCAGGUGCCUGAGAGGCUCCUAAGGAGGCUGUUCCUUAUCUCCCUCCUCCUCUCUCCCAGCCCUUAGAAUCCAGGCGGCCUAACUACUGCAAAGGGAAACAUUCCAGACCAAGCCAGCCUAAUCACAACCUCAGUAAAUCCCCCACCCACCCCAUUGAUUAUCCCCUUAUCUUCCAGGGCUUUUUGACAGAGUUGAGUUCUAUGAGUUCUACUGUCUCAGACAUAG